AUGGUCUCAACUUCCCUCGUUGCUGCCGUCUUGGCCCUGUACGCAGGCUCGGUCAAUGCCCAAGUGGCUUCUCUUUCCGGCAUUGCCAAAACUACCACUCUGCUCACGCAAACUAACAAGUUCAUUAUCGAGGUAGAUGAUGCUUCGCAAAUUCCCACCAAACGAUCGCUGAAAGGAGCUUCGCCUCAUGAAAUAUUGUACGCCUAUCUCGAGGAACGGGAUGUUAGCUAUGAAGUCGACAAAGAGUAUAAUACGGCAGACAUAUUUGUCGGGGCCGCAGUGACACUCGCUGGCGCUCAGGAUGCAGCUGAACUUGGUGCUACCGAAGGUAUCAAAGCGAUUCGACCUGUCCGAGUAUACCCUCCUCCAAAGCUUCCGCGGUGGGAUGUCGUGACAGAAGAUGAUACGCCGGACAUCCAAACCACUCACGUCCUAACGGGAGUGGACAAGGUUCAUGCCGAGGGUAACUUUGGCGCUGGGAUACUUGUCGGAAUAAUAGACACUGGCGUUGAUUAUACCCAUCCGGCUCUUGGGGCUGGAUUUGGUCCAAGCCACAAAGUUGUCGGUGGCUAUGACUUUGUUGGCGAUAAUUACACUGGUUUCAAUGAUCCUGUACCGGAUGACGACCCAUUGGACCAAUGUGAGGGUCAUGGAACGCAUGUUGCUGGCAUAUUUGGAGCUGAUCCAGAUAACCCGUAUAACAUCAGCGGUGUUGCCUAUCAGGCGUCCAUUAAUGCCUACAGAGUCUUUGGCUGUGAAGUGCUGGUCGAUGCCCUGCUCCGAGGAUACGAGGACGGCAAUGACAUUCUCACGCUAUCGAUAGGUGGCACUGACGGCUGGACAGAGGGCACGAGUUCCGUUGUUUCUAGCAGAAUCGCUGCCACUGGAAAGGUUGUCACUAUUGCCGCUGGUAAUUCUGGUGCUUCUGGCGGCUGGUUUACUUCUGGCCCUGGGAAUGGUAUUAACGUCAUUUCUGUUGCAAGCUUAGACAAUACCGCAGUACCGUUACAGAACGCCACCGUUGGCGGCGUCGAGCACGACCCCAUCACGUACUAUCAAACGGCUCCAUUGCCUGUCCUUGAAACCCGACUGAUUUAUGUUACCUCAAAUGAUACAACAAUCGCAGAUGACGCCUGUGAUGCACUUCCUGAUGAUACGCAUGAUCUUUCAUCACACGUGGUUACCAAAUUGGCUAACGUUGCCGACAAAGGAGCAACAGUAGCUUUGAUAUACGAGUCAGUCAUAUUGCUCAAUGGCAGUGGAUUUGGUGCCAUCGCAGUCGGCGACUUCAAUGCCUCUCUCAUACAGUCGGCUGACGGAGAAUUCCUGGUCGAGGCAUACGCAGCUGGUGCCGCAGUGACGCUCACAUUCCCCCAGACCGGAGCUUCAUACGAUUAUCCAGAUCCUGAUGGUGGACUCAUCUCUACGUUCACUAGCUAUGGUCCUUCCAAUGACUUCUACUUCAAACCAGCCGUUGCCGCUCCUGGCGGUAACAUUCUAUCAACUUUACCUCUGAAUUCCUAUGGACUUGCGUCGGGGACCUCGAUGGCUACACCUUUUGUUGCGGGAUGCGCUGCUCUUCUCUUCUCCGCCAAGGGCACAAGCUCUGAAGUUGGACUGUCCGCUAGAAGUCUCUUCGAAUCCACUGCAAAAGCAAUCUCUUCCAGCCACAGGGACGGAGAUCCGUACCAGACAGUGACACAGCAAGGAGCUGGAUUGAUAAAUAUUUAUGACGCGAUACAUUUCGCGACAACACUCGACUCGGGAGAAUUAAUCUUGAAUGACACGGCUCAUUUCCAAGGCAGUCAGACGUUCACUGUCACGAAUACAGGAUCGACUUCGAAAGAUUACACCGUAACAAACGUACCCGCCGGAACGGCAGUCACUGUCACUGAGGGAUCCAUCCUUGUUGCCGAUGGACCUGUUCCAUUGUCCACAGAUUAUGCAACCGCAAGCUUCAGUCAUGACAGCUUCACGCUUCAACCCCAAGAGUCCAUUGAUAUCACUGUAACAAUUUCGCCUCCCAGUGGCGUUGAUGCAUCUACAUUCCCAGUUUACGGUGGAUUUAUUCAAGUGAUCAGUGGCAGUGAAAUUGUUCAUGCUACAUACCUUGGCCUUGCUGCUUCACUUUAUGACAAACAAGUCAUCGAUGAUACGGAUUUCUUCUUUGGUGUAGACUUACCGGUCAUUUUGGACGCAGAUGGAUCUGUGCAAACUAACCCGACAAAUUAUACGUUUUCCACCUCUGAUUAUCCCUCGCUACUGUUCAGACUUGCUUUUGGUUCCUCCACUGUUCUCAUCGACCUUGUGACCGCUGAUGCGACUCUGGAACGUCGCGAUGAACCAACCUUGACAUUUAUUAAAGGUAGUCUGGCGGCAUUGGCGGCUCCAGAUGUUGUUGGAUCUAUCGCUGAGCUGGAUUAUUAUCCUCGUAAUGAUGACUCGGAUAAUCCCUACUACUUGCUGGACCUUACCACCCCAACAUUUGCCAACGGUACUACGAUUCCCAAUGGCAGUUAUAAAUUACUUUUGCGCGCACUCAAGGUCACAGGAGACCCCUCAGUGGCAAGCGACUAUGAAAGUUGGUUGAGUCCCAUUAUUGGUGUUGUCGCGUAAAUAAGUAAAGGAUACAGUUAGCGCUGUUACUUAGGAAAUUUGGAACAUUGAUCGUAUUAUUAUACCUCUUCCUCCGAAUCUAACGUCCAGUUGUUCUCUUUGACCAGCUUCUCUCGCUCAAGCAGAUAUUUACCUAGUAUUACAGGUAU